ACUUUCUGAAGCUCAAGUUACUGAUGACGUCUAGAAACGUCGAAGUCGUGCACUUCAUUCCUGCAGUUACAUUGACGGAAGUCCUGGGAAUAAUUGGCGGUUACAUGGGGUUUUGGAUGGAAAUGUCCACGUUUAAGUUGCUGUGGAAGCUGCUGAACAUGGUCAGAGACGGUUUGUCCAAACGGACGCGCGACCCCUUGCUGCAGUUGAGGAUCAGCUUUGCGUGUUCCCUGCUGCUGAGCGUGGUAGCGGGCUCUUGCGCCCUGGUGUGCAUUACAAGUUCCAUCUGGGACGUCAGGUCGUUUCUGCAGUAUCACACGACCGUGUUGUUCGAGCAACAGAACAUGCACGGCAUUACCUUUCCUGCCAUGACUGUGUGCAACGAAAAUGGAGUUAACAUCACCAAGCUAUGCAUCGAUGCAGACCGUGCAGAAUGCUUCAACGCGUCAUUUGCAUAUGCUGUUGGAACAAACAUGGCACUAAUGAAGAACAUGCUCAAUUACUCUUAUCCUAUUGGCUUCAUGGUGGAGUCAUGUUGGAUGAUAUCCUCUGGGGAAACUUGCAACAGCUUCAAUUGUAAUAACAUGUGGAGGUUAAGUUAUACGUCCAAUUGGAAGGCCAUGUGUUUCACCUUUAGUCUCACUGAGAGCACUAACCAAAGCAAUGUCUACGCAAAUUGCAACGAGCCUUGGAAAUACAGGCUUGAAUUACGAUUGGCUGUUGAGCGAGAAAGGGUGGAGGAGGAAGAAGUCGCCCCGCUAUCAGCACUUCUUCACGAGCAGGGACUCUUCACAGCAGGGAUGCUCAAUCCGUUCAUCUUCACUUACGGAGAGAAGUACGUUGUCUCUGUGCUCGAGCACGAGAUCUUUUCUCUACCGCCCCCAUACGAGACAAUGUGCACAAAGUAUGACGAGAAGCUGGAUGAAUACAGCUAUGCUGAUGGAGUUGUACAGUCAGAAGAAUGUAGCAGCAAGUGCAUAGCAGACAACUGGCAGAAGAGCUGCAACUGCUUUUCAAAGCUAUACUCUGUCAAACACAGAAGAAACGGACCAAUAUGUGAAUAUAUAGACCAUCUGAAAUGCACAGAUAAAAUGAAGAAAAAUCUUUGGCUCCAUAGUUGCCAGGCAUCGUGUACAAGACCUUGCCGGGAAGUCAGGUACCGUGGUAUGGUAUUUCGCACGGGAGUUCUUCCAGAAGUCUCUCUGGACAACCGUUCCCAUGUUCAAGUGACAGUUGUCCUCGGAUCGAGCAAGAAGAAAACUAUCUACACCUUCCCCAGAAUACCGUUUGAAGACUUGGUGAUCUAUAUUGGUGGUCACAUUGACAUGUGGCUAGGCUUUGCUCUCAUUGGUGUGUGCACCAUUUCUCUGGAUCUCGCAGUCAAGUACAGCAAGUUUUUCAAAGGAAAAAGCUCUUCAAUCAACCUGAUGUUGGAACCUCCGUACAAAACAGCGCAAGACUAACCAAAGGCUCCGUGAUCUACAGUAAAGCCAAUGUACAGAGACCGAAUAAAAGGAAUG